UCUCCAUCUAUAUAUACACGCACUUCACACACAUUUCUCCACCACCUCUCCUCCAUUCUCUCCCCUAAAAUAUCGCACCCUCAAAGAUCAAAUUAUUCAAUCAAAUUUUUAACUAAAAAUGGCUCCCAAGGAAAAGACGGCGCCACCAUGCAAGAAACAGACCAACGUCGACGAAGUACAUUACAGAGGUGUCCGAAAGCGCCCCUGGGGAAGAUACGCCGCGGAGAUUAGAGACCCGGGGAAGAAAACUAGGGUUUGGCUGGGGACGUUUGAUACGGCGGAAGCGGCGGCGCGGGCUUACGACGCUGCCGCUCGCGGGUUUCGCAACAACAAGGCGAAGACGAAUUUUCCGACCCCCGAUGAAAUAAUGAACGUGAGCGAUUUCAAGAAGAUCGAUACGAGUAAGAAGGUUGGGAAUGAGUAUGAUGUGAAGCAGAGCCAGAGUCCGACGAGUACGCUGGAGUCGUCGAGUCAGGAGCGGUUUUUGUCGUUGGAUCUUAACGUUGCCGCGGACGGGUUCGGGUCGGGUUAUGGGUCCGGUUUCGGGUCACCGAUUUUGUACCCGUUUCAAAUCCAGCCGGUUCAGAUUUUUGGGUUUGUACCGGCGGCGGGUUACCGGAGCUCCGACGGGUCGGGUUUUAGGGUUAGCAGUGGGUCCCAGAGUGAUUCGGACUCGUCUUCGGUGGUUGAUGUGAAUAUGAAUCGGAGAGGGAUUAUGAUUGAUCUGAACGAGCUUCCGCUGCCUGAAUAUUUUUGAAUAAAACAGGGACGUCGUCGUUUUGAUUCUAUAUGAAAAUUUGGUUGUUAACUUGUAAUUUUAGUGAUUUUAUUGUAGUAUUUCUAGAAGACAAGGCUGUGAUCUUUUUUUGCGACGGCAAGAGAUUCUGUUGAGAAUUUCCGACCGUUUGUUUCGAGAUUCACCUGUAAUUCUUCUAUUGACAACUACUGGUGAUGAUUAUUAUAUUAAUAAAAUUUGUUUGUAAAA